AUGGCCGAGAAAGAAGGAUCGGCGGUGCCACCCCAGGCUAGAGGCUCUUGGACGAGCUUCCUGAAGUCCAUUGCGUCCUUCAAUGGCGACCUGUCCACGAUGACGGCGCCUGCCUUUAUCCUCUCCACAAAGUCGCUCACCGAGUUCUCCUCAUACUGGACCGAACACCCCUCCGUCUUUGUCGCACCGGCCGCCGAGAAGGACCCUGCCAAGCGGACCAUGCUGGUGCUGAAGUGGUUCCUGAGCACACUGAAGCAGCAGUACGCCAGUCGGUCAGAAAAGCUGGGUAGCGAGAAGAAGCCUCUGAACCCCUUCCUGGGCGAGCUCUUCCUGGGCAAGUGGGAGGACCAGGCAGGCACAACACAGCUCGUCAGCGAGCAAGUCAGUCAUCAUCCACCCGUCACGGCUUACUCCAUCUGGAACGACCAACACGGCGUCCGGCUAGAGGGUUACAACGCGCAAAAAGCGUCCUUCAAGACCACCAUUAAUGUCAAGGUGAGUAUUCGUGGCAUCUUUCAUCAAAUCGGACAUGCCAUGCUCCAUCUCGACAACUACAACGAAAGCUACCUCAUCACCCUCCCCGCCCUCCACAUCGAAGGCCUCAUCACAGGCUCCCCCUACGUCGAGCUCAACAGUAGCACCUACAUCCAAUCCUCCACCGGCUACACUGCGCGCAUCGACUACAGCGGUAAGGGCUGGGUCUCUGGAAAGAAGAACUCGUUCACCGCAGUGCUAUACCCGGAGGGCAAAGAGAAGGAAGCCAUCUACAAGGCUGACGGCCAGUGGACCGACUCGUUCCAGAUCAAGGAUGCCAAGACCAAGGCCGUCGUGGACACAUUCGACCACAAGUCCACAAAGACAACACCCCUCGCCGUCGCCGCCAUCGAGCAACAAGACGACUUCGAAACCAGACGCGCAUGGAAGAAGGUGUCGGAUGCGAUUAACAGUGGCAACAUGGACCUGACAAGUGCGGAGAAGACCAUCAUCGAGACCCGCCAGCGCGAGAUGCGACAACAGGAGAAGGACGCUGGGAAGGAGUGGGAGCGCAAGUUCUUCUCAAGAGCACCGAAGUACCCGUUGUUCGAGCAGCUGGCCAAGAAGAUUGGCGAGGGUAUCAAUGAUGGGCAGACGAAUGGUGUGUGGAACUUUGAUAAGCAGAAGGCGGAUGCGGCGAAGAGUCCGUUCCAUCCGGAUGUUGUGCCGCCGAUUUAUGAGAGGAAGUGAGGCUGGGAUGUCUUCGCUCUAUCACGCAUACGUGUAGUCAGCUCAUCAUGAUGGAUGAGUAUAAUGAUGCUUUCAGUGGGACUAAAACUCCACGGAAGCGGUUCUUGGCUGAGGCAAAAUCGUGGUACAUAGGUAUCAGGGCCUCAUGUGGAAUCAAGCUGUUCAAGCUAUGACGGUUGCAGUAAAAUGGCCUGACGAGCAUCUCUUUCAUUGCUAUAAGUAGUCUCAGUAUACCGAAGAACGAAAAGAUUUGUCUUUCCCAAAUGUGUCGUUGAUUUUUCAGUCUAGUUUACACGUCUUCUGCUUUG